AUGGUGGCUGUGGAGACGGAAGGAGCAGUGGCAUUCCGGAUCGGUGAUUUAGGUUGUUGGCAUAAAAUGGAUAAUGAGGAGGCCUAUUCUGAUCAGAGUGUUUCUGUGCAAGGAGAGUCACGUGUCAGGGCUUCUGAGACAGCUCCAACAACCCAGAAGUCGCAUUCCUGUAAACGGUUUUUCUCAGUGUUAAAAGAUAUUUUGCACCUGACUCAGUCACAAAUGGAAUACUUUGAGCACAAAUGCUUCUUCAGUGAGGCUUGUGUGAGAGACUUCUGUUUCAGUGAAAACCCUCACCAGCAACAGAAGGAUGUCAGUGGAGAGACAUCCUGCAAAGAAGCUAUGGACAGGCCCUCAUUUGUGACCAGGUGCAGCUUCUACUUCUCAGAGGUGCCUUCAAAGAGCAAGGAGGUUGGGAAAGACAUCCAAGCUCCCUCAGAGCUUCUCCAGCCCCAGGCUUCUCAGAACACUAAAGAACCACACUGUGGCAGUGAGGUUUCACAAGAAUAUCUCAGUGGAAAAUGUCAUCACCAGUGGGCUGAAUGUGAAAUAGCUGCCGGUCAGAAACAGAAAGUUGUUGAAUCUCAGGAUGUCUGUUCUGGAGAACUGGUUUAUGAGUGUGACACAUAUUGUGGGAAGUCCUUCAAUAACAGUUCCACCCUCAUUCAACAUCAGAGAAUUCACACUGGAGAAAAGCCUUCUAAGUGUGGUGAAUGUGGGAAGUCUUUCAGAUAUAAGUCUUAUGUCAAUCAACACCAGCGAGUUCACACUGGAGAAAAGCCACAUGGGUGUACAGGUUGUGGAAAGUCCUUCCAUGAGAGUUCUACCCUCAUUCGCCAUCAAAGAAUUCACACUGGAGAAAAGCCUUAUGUGUGUAGUGAUUGUAGAGAAUCUUUCAGAUAUAGGUCUGAUGUCAAUAAGCACCAGCGAGUUCACACUGGAGAAAAGCCAUAUGAAUGUUUUUGUCAGAAAAUGGAAGAUAAGGUGGCACCUUCUGAGCAGAGUGUAUCUGUGGAAGGACAGUCACAGGUCAGGGCUUCUAACACAGCUCCAGCAAGCCAGAAAGCCCUUCUGUGUAUUUUGGACCUGACUGGUUCACAAGCAGCAGACUUUGUGAUGAAAGCCUUUUCUAGUGACACACGUGUUGGAGACUCCUGUUCCUGUGCAAACCCUCACCAGCAGCAGAGGAAUGAAUGUGGUCAGGGGCCCUGGAAACAAGCUAUGGACAGGGCCUCCUCAGUGAGUAGGUCCAACUUCUUAUCGUUGGUGCCUUCCACCAGCAGGGAGGUUGGGGAAGACUUGCAGUACAACUCAGAGCUUCUCCGGCACCAGGCCACUCUCAACACGGAGGAGCUACACUGUGACAGUGAGGUUUCACAGCAAUUUCUUGAUGGAAAUAGUCUUCACCAGUGGGGUGAAUGUGAAAAUGCUGCCAAACACAACCUGAAAGUUGUUCAACAUCAGGGGGAGUGUUCUGGAGAACUGGUUUAUGAGUGUAACAAAUGUAGGAAAGUGUUUAGACAAUACUUAAACGUCAUUCGAAAUAAGAAAGUUCACACUGGAGAAAAGCGGUAUGAGUGUAGUGAAUGUGAGAAGUUCUUCAGUGAAAGACCUGCACUCAUUAAACACCUGAGAGUUCACACUGGAGAGAAGCCAUCUGAGUAUAGACAGUAUGAGAAAUCCUUCAGUAAUAAGUCUGCCCUCAAACUACACAACAGAGUUCACACAAGAGAAAAGCCAUAUAAAUGCAGAGAAUGUGGGAAAUCUUUUCGUAAAUUGACUUACCUCAAUCUACAUCUUAGAAUUCAUACUGGAGAGAAGCCACACCUGCGAGUUCACAGUGGCGACAAGCCAUAUGAGUGCUAUGGUUGUGGGAAGUCCUUCAAUGAUAAGUCUACCCUUAAACAACAUGAGAGAGUUCACACUGGAGAAAAGCCAUAUGAGUGUAGACAAUGUGGGGUGUCCUUUCGUCAAAGGGGUCAGCUCACUGUACACCUGAGAGUUCACACUGGAGAGAAGCCAUAUGGAUGUAAUAAAUGUGGGAAGUCUUUUAGCCGUAAAUCCAACCUUACAAGGCACCUGAGAGUUCACAGUGGUGACAAGCCAAAUGAGUGCUGUGAUUGUGGAAAGUCCUUCAGUGAUAAGUCUAUCCUCAAACAACACCAGAGUGUUCACACUGGAGAAAAGUGUUAA